AUGCACUGCAAUAUCCUUCAGAUGAGAGGAAGUUGUGCAGACUGUCACAUCAUCAUCAUCAUCAUCAAAUUGUUCAUCACUUUGCAUAAGGAGGAAAAGAACUCCUUACAGGCAAAGGCUGCCAACUCAAGCCAUUCCUCGUCUCGUCCGUUGCGUUUCUCCGCCUACCUGGAUGCCAUGCAGCAGGUCCACCUGCAAUGGGACCAUGAUUCCAAAGAGAUGAUCACCUUUGAGCUUCAAGUCCAGUCAACGGGCUGGGUGGCGUUCGGCUUCACCACUCACGGAGAGCUGCCCGGGGGAGACGUUGUGAUCGGCGGAGUCCUUCCCGACGGCAACAUGUACUUCUCAGACUGGCACAUUGUGGAUGAGGAAACCAUUGUGGAGGAUGAAAGCCAAGACUAUGAAGUACUGUCAAUGACCGAAGACGAGACUUCCACCACCAUAACAUUCCGGCGCUAUUUCCAGACGUGUGAUCCUCAUGAUCAGCCUAUCACGUUCCCCAUUCCAGAUGACGACACCACGUACGCCUGCACUUUCAUCCCACUGCCCAGAGUCAAGACAAAACAUCACAUCUACAAGUUUGAGGCCGUAAUCACACCCCGGAACCAAACCAUGGUGCAUCACAUCCUGGUUUACGCCUGCAGCAAUGCGAGCGUGCUGCCCACAGGGGUGAGCGACUGCUAUGGAGCGGAUCCUGAUUUUGCCCUCUGCUCCCAAAUCGUUGUGGGCUGGGCAGUAGGAGGAGGGUCCUACAUGUUCCCGGAUGAAACUGGAAUCUCCAUAGGGACACCACGGGAUUUCCAGUGGAUCCGGUUAGAAGUCCACUACAGCAAUUUUGAUUUAAUUCCAGGGUUAAUCGACAAUUCAGGGAUAAGACUCUACUAUACUCCGGAACUGCGUCCAUAUGACAUGGGGGUGCUACAGACAGGUCUCUUCACCUUCCCCAUCCAUUUCCUUCCCCCGGGAGUAGAGUCUUUUAACUCCUAUGGACUCUGCAAUACCAGUCAAUUUGAGGAGCUGAAUGGGAUCCCGGUGCCCGAUAUGCACGUCUUUGGUUACUUGCUCCACACUCACUUGGCUGGAAGAGGAGUGAGAGGCGUCCACUACCGGGAUGGCAAGCAGUUGCGAAUCCUCUGUGAAGACAAUAAGUACGAUUUCAAUCUUCAGGAGACCAGAGGCUUGAAAGAACUCGUCACUUUCAAAGCGGGGGAUGAGUUCCUGGUGGAAUGUCGCUAUGAAACACUUGAUCGGACAAGUCUGACAUUUGGCGGGCCAAGUACCCUGAAUGAAAUGUGCCUGGCCUUCCUCUUCUAUUACCCUCGCAACAACAUCUCCAGCUGCAUGGGAUACCCAAACAUUCAAUAUGUCGCCCAAGAACUUGGCCAAACAGCCGCAGAUGCGAUGGAAGGGAUGAUGGCCAUUAACUUGGUCGACUGGAACAACGACACCGCCAAGAAAGCGGAGAAGGCUUGCAAGGAAGUGGAUCAGAUUGUCAUCAUUAAAACAAUUGAUGAGGUGGUCGUUAAUGAAACUGGCUUCAUUCGGGAUAUCAUAGAAACACAGCCACUGCCCUGCAAACGUAUCUUCGAGAACGAGCCAACAGCAGAGACAGAAGGGCAAGGCAAAUUCCUGGCAGACGUGAUGUCCAGUGGCGCUCUUGACAUGAAGGCUACCCUGCCGCUUCCUGUCCUGCUCUUCGUACACUUCGGCUUUCCUUGGCUCCUUACUGUCAUGCCGCGCAUGCUCUGA